AUGGACCGUGAAGACAACGGCCGGCUGCGGCGAAGCAUCCAGCGGCAGGAAUACGACGAGAGCUGGCCUCCGCCAGGGAAAGACGCAGGCUACUCUUCGAACGGGUACCCCGAGCAUGUCGGUGGGGACGAGGUAUUCUUUGGCGGCGCAAGACGAACGACUGGAGAACCAGAACGAGUCGGCGAGUACGAUGAACAUGGAAACCAACCAGUGGAGCUAGACAACCGCUCGAGCGGUACGGGCCGACGGCGCAUUGCACAACAGCAGGACGGCAGUUACCCACCGGAGGAAGCCGGCUACCUGAUGCGUGAUUACCACCAUCAUGACCCCGAAGGUCCCGAAACUCGUAGCCUACCGAGGCAUUACGAUGUAGACGGGAGAGUGGAAGGGGAGUUCACGAAUCGUGAUGGUAAUCGUGAGAGAGGCGACCUCCAACCCAACGGUUGCGCCGAUGGUCGCACGGGAGUUCAUGAUUUCGGCCAACGGGGACCAGGCGGGAGAAGUGGAGAGGAGAGUGGCGGAAGAGAAAGUUAUCGGUGCUCACCACGGGUUCGGUACCGCCAACACCACCGACAUGGCGACGAUCAUCACGAAAGCGCGCGUCAUGUACGCGAUGGAGCCGGGGUCGGGUUUACGGGGAGGGAUUCCCGCAACAGUAGCAGCAGCGGCAGCAGUGACAGGGGAUCCAUCGGGAGGCAAAAUUUCACCCAGGUUGAUGUCGUUGAUGGAAGCACCGUGACGGAUCCUGGUCCUAGCAGGGCAAAACGCGUAGAGUUUUCACAAGGCAUACAGGGGCCUGCCCACGAGCCUCGGGUGCCGCGGUCGAGCGUUAGGCGACACCUCGUUUCUCCGAAGGCAGUGCCACCUCAAAGAGCUGCCGCCUCUCCGAAAGUACAAAAGUGCGCACAAGAUAGCCCAGCAAAGCGCUGGCGAUCACAAGCGGAGAGGUCGAUAUCACCGGUCUCGACCGGCACUCAGCCUUGCGCGGCAGAUAGCGAAGACAAGACAACGGCUCUGGUAAAAACGCCGAAAGACAUGCUCCUCUUCAGCAAGAAGGCGAGGCAGGUGGACUACAAGCCUUGCACCCUCAAGGAGUAUCGAGAGGCCAAGCCCACAGGGUAUGUGGAGCUCGGCAAGCUCCAACCAGACCUUUACACGGACGAGCUUGUUGCGAAGCGCGCAAAUGCCGAGCGAAUAAAGGAGUUCUCGACGAACCUCAGGAAGAUCAACUCCGACACGGCGGCCGCCAGGGGCGACGGCGACCGCCGCCCCCGCCCCAAGAAAAAGGACCAGGACUCGAGAACCAGAGCGCUGGCGUUCGCGCGCAAGAUACCCCUCCCACGGAAGGUGGUCAAGGCGCAGCAGCCGCCCGCCGCCGACCCGGGGGACCCAGGUGAACGGAGAAGGGCCGGGCGGAGGGGGAGGAGCGGGGUGCCUGAGACUGAGGGGUGGAGAUCGGCUGAGAUGACGGAGCUGGAAGCCUUGGAGGCGAUGCACGACGACAUGAGGAAGAAGGUCCAGGAGGCGCGUUCGUCCUUCUGA